UCCAGGUCAUUUCCAGCAAUUAUCUUCGCGUCCGCUGAUUGGUGGAGCUCUGUCCUUCUCGGCUUACAAGAGCUGACCCUGGCUGACGCGCGGGGCACCGACUGCCGGCGGGAGGCUGCCGCUAAAGGGUCUCGGCGACUUUCUUCCUGCACCAAGUUUCAGUUCCGAGGUCUAAAAUCCAGACGCAAAAUGGUUGCCUCCUCUCUGGCUUUCGUGAGAGCGAGCGGGCUUUGCCAGGGGGGCCUGAGGCGCUGGGCGAGGCUGUCAGGGUCCGCAAAGCUCCGGAUGGGAGGCCAGAUCACUCGGACCCCUGCCCGGACUGCGGCCACGGUGGUGGUGGAGCCCGCGGGCCGCGUGUGCUGGGACGAGCCGGUGCGCAUCGCCGUGCACGGCCUGGCCCCCGAGCAGCCCGUGGCGCUGCGCGCGUCCCUGCGCGACGAGAAGGGCGCGCUCUUCCGGGCCCACGCGCGCUACCGCGCCGACGCCCGCGGCCAGCUGGACCUGCAGCGCGCGCCCGCGCUGGGCGGCAGCUUCGCGGGGCUCGAGCCCAUGGGGCUCGUCUGGGCCCUGCAGCCCGACAGGCCCUUCUGGCGCUUGCUCAAGCGGGACGUGCAGACGCCCUUGCUGCUGGAGCUGGAGGUGCUGGACGGCCGCGAGCCCGCCGGGCCCGGCGAGCCCGAGGGCGGGCGCGUGCUGGCGCGGGCGGUGCACGAGCGGCACUUCAUGGCGGCCGGGGUGCGGCGGGUGCCGGUGCGCGAGGGCCGGGUGCGGGCCACCCUCUUCCUGCCGCCAGGCCAUGGACCUUUCCCAGGGAUCAUUGACAUCUUUGGACUUGGAGUGGGCCUGUUGGAAUAUCGAGCUAGCCUUCUGGCUGGCCAUGGCUUUGCCACAUUGGCUGUGGCUUUUUCUAACUUUGAGGACCUCCCCAAGGAUUUUCAUUGCUUAUCGUUGGACUACUUUGAAGAAGCCCUGUGCUACAUGCUCCAACACCCCCAGGUGUGCCGCCUGCUUUUUAUUGAACUAGUCUCUAGGAAUCUCUCCAUGAAGGGCGUUACUUGUACCAGGUGCACUAAAGCUGCUCUUUUUCCUUUUCCCCAUACAUUUCUUUUGGAGAUUUCCUUAGUUUCAGCCAUCUAAUAGUUCCCUCUAUCAAAUGGAUCCAUGUUGUAGAAUGAAUUGUAAAACUGAUGCCAAAUCUCAAUAACAUUGGGAUUUCUCUUGUAAUACAAAUGAUGA